GGGCGGCCUCCGCCUCUCCCCGCGGGCCUUGGCGCUGCCCCGGCCCCUUCUGAGCCGGGUGUGGGGAGGGAGAUAAAAUUACACGUACGGAGAGGACAAAGCAGGCUACAGCGCGGAUUUAGGUCCUGUACGUGAUUUUUUAGCAUAAUUAUCACUGUGGAAUUUCUCGCCAAAUGGACCUGCAGACGCUGGGCCUAGCAGAACGUUUCAGGUGUUUACUGUUGAAGAAAUGAUGCCCCAUGUUCAACACCUGAAAGGAGGGCACAGUAAAAACCUUUUCCUUAAAGACAAAAAGAAGAAAGGGUUCUGGCUGGUGACUGUUCUGCACGACAGGCAAAUCAAUUUAAAUGAUCUUGCUAAAAAACUGGGUGUCGGAAGUGGAAACCUAAGGUUUGCUGAUGAAAAUGCCAUGGUGGAAAAACUAAAAGUGGGCCAAGGCUGUGCGACACCCCUCGCCCUCUUCUGUGACCCAGGCGAGGUGAAGUUUGUGCUGGAUGCUGCCUUUCUGGAAGGUGGCCAUGAAAAGGUGUAUUUUCAUCCAAUGACAAAUUCUGCAACAAUGGGCUUAAGCCCUGACGACUUUCUGAAGUUUGUGAGAUCAACAGGCCACGAUCCAAUCAUCAUACAUUUUGAUGAAGACACGAAGUAGAUGAAGUUCACUUUUCUAGUACUAGGCAUAGAUUGUGUAGAGUAAGAGAGCAAAACCGGUAAAAGUCUCAUUACAAAUAAAAUUUGCGAAGUUUUGUCUUUAUAUCAUGAUUAAAAGUGCCAAUAAUAUGUUUUUACUUUUUUUUCAAUUGUGUAAGUUUAUAUUGUAUAAUCUGGUGAGAAAAAAAUACUAUCUUUGGGGUAUCUGAAGUUUUACAGAAUAUUCAUUAAAAGACGUGUAAGUAACCAGUAAGUAGACAACGUGUUAAAGAAUGUUACAGUGCUUAUUAAUAAAACAGAUAAAACUGGAA